AUGAGUCCUUGUGGCCAACUGCCGUUAGUAUCUUCUGUUAACCGAGUAAUGGAAUAUACUGUGUUUGAGGGGCAAAAUGAAUCUGAAACUCCAACUCAACAGCCAGCAUCCGAACCAAUUGAAGAACAACCUCAACAAUCAGCUUCCCAAUCUCAAUCUGCACCAGUUCAACAACCACAAUUCAUGGGCGAAGAAUCAUCGGCUGCAAGAAAGUUUGAAGAUGCAACCGACAAUGAAGGAAUUGUGAUGAUUCGAGAUCAAAUGAGUGAAUUCUGGGGUCAAACUCUUAAACAGAUUAGAUUCAUAAACGAAAUCCGGAAGAGAAUUAAUGAGCAAGGUGCAGAGAUCAAGACGUUAAAGGAUACUACAACUGCUCAAGCUGCUGAGAUCGAGAAGUUAAAAGCUGCUGAUACGGGGAAGGUUUCAUCUCAAACCGACAUAAUUUGUGUCCAAGGCUACAAUGUGAAGAAAAGUGUUGCAUCAAUUCUUGAAUCCAUUUUCAACAAACACGGUGACAUUGCAGCUGAGUGCGUAUUUAAACCCGUCUCUAUGAGAUCAUCUUUCCUUGAGAUUGUUUGUGAAGUCGUCGGUCGAAUUCAAACCAAUAAUGACAUUGAUAAUAUUGAAGAAAUAGAGCAACAGGUGUUGGCUACAGAGGCAGCCAACAUUAAUGUGUCAUGGCUUUGA